AUGAAAAAUAGUCUAAAAUUGUCUCGUUAUAAUACAGGAUACCAGCAUGAUUAUCAAGAUACUAUUUUCAAUGAUUAUACAGAAACAAAACAUCCAUCAAUAUGUGCAGGUUGUAAUUGUCAAAUAUAUGAUCAAUAUUUAUUAAAAGUUACACCAGAUCUUGAAUGGCAUAUUCAAUGUUUAAAAUGUUCGGAAUGUGGACAAUAUUUAGAUGAAACUACAACAUGUUUUGUUCUUGAUGGAAAAACUUUUUGUAAAUAUGAUUAUAUACGAUUGUUUGCAUCAAAAUGUGCUAAAUGUCAAGAAUCAUUUUCUAAAAAUGAAUUAUAUAUUCGUACAGCAUUCUAUCGUCGUUAUCAUACAGAUUGUUUUCGUUGUAAUCAUUGUGAUCGUUUACUUGUAUCGGGUGAUGAAUAUUAUUUACAUGGACAAAAUCAAAUUUUAUGUCGACAAGAUUUUCAACAAUUAAAUUCAUCUAAUGAUUCAAUAGAAACACCAACAGCAGCGACAAAUAAUAAUAUACAAUUACAUGUACCUCCAACAUGUUCAUCACCAUCAACAACAUCAAGUUCAUCAAAUCAACCUAUAGGAUCAAUAAUUACUUCAUCAACAUCAACUAUAAAAUCAAUGAAUAAUAAUAUACGAAAAGAUAAAACAACACGUAUGCGUACAGUUUUAAAUGAAAAACAAUUAUUAACAUUACGUACAUGUUAUGGUGCAAAUCCUCGACCGGAUGCACUUAUGAAAGAACGACUUGUUGAAAUGACACAAUUAUCACCACGUGUUAUACGUGUUUGGUUUCAAAAUAAACGUUGUAAAGAUAAAAAGAGAAGUAUUUUAGCUAAACAAACUCAAGAACAACAAAAAAUUUUAACAAGUAUUAAUCAUGGUAUACCAUUAGUUGCAUCAUCACCUGUACAAAAUGAUAUAAAUAUUGGUUUACCACCUCCAACAAUUGUUCAAGUUCAAUAUCAUUCAAAUGGUUCAUGGAAAACAUUUAAUUCAUAUUCAAAUGGACGUCAUUUACAAAUUCAACAACAAAAUUAUCAUGAUAUUAAUGAUUUUGCAUCUGAAGAUGAUAGUACUUGUUUUGAUGCAUCACAAUUUAGUGAAGAACGUAGUGACACUAGUUGUGAUGGUAGUGGAACUAGUCAACUAACACUCUUGUAA